GACUAAGUGCAUCUGUUUUGAUUACUGCACAAUAACACUUUUGUAGAAUCGGAUACGUCUCAUUGGUUUUGUCCAUGAGCUGUCGCAAAAUAAACGUUGGAAACGAGAAGAAGUGAAACUAGAAGGUUAAAGGUUGUGUCGUGUAGUCUUCACCGGUCCAUCAAUAUGCAUCAAACUUGAGAUGAAGCGUUAAAUUCGUGGAUUAAUAGUUGAUUUUUUAUAAAGUUUCAUGUUGAUCUACUACUACAAACUGCCAGCAUGUGUUUAGUUACAUGUAGAUUUGCAUGAAACAUGCAGGUCGAUGCUCGACUGGUCAUUUUCCUGGGAAAUAUUGUAUCUUUUUACUAUGUUGCCGCUGUGACGAAAUACGCAUGCGUGAGUUACAGUGGCGGCAUUGGUGGCAGGGUAGGUGGGUAUGGCAGUGUUAUGGGUAUGGAUUGGGAGUUUGAUGGAAUCAACAGUAACUCGGCCUCAUCUGAAGAACUAGGGAUGGGGUUCGCUGGAUACGGAGCAAUCCAGCAUGGAAUUGCACCACUGAUGGGUGCACGGAUGGGCGCACGGAUGGGCGCACCUGCUCCAAUGAUGUCACCUGGAACAUCCCCUCUCGCAGCGCCAGGAGUCGGAGGACUGUCUGCACAGAUUGCGGGGAGAACGGCUUCUGGUCUACCGAACAGCGCGGCCAGCCUGGGGGGUGCUUCCCAUAUUACUGGACAGGGCUCGAGCGUGGGUGGGAUACCGGGUCAAUUGCCAUUUCAGGGACUGCCUCCUGGAAAUCCUGGAGUGGUUCUGUCAGGGAGCCUUUCUUGCGCGGAUCGUCCACAGACCACCAUUUUGAUUACAAAACUAGUGUAUGGUAAUGGCGGUAUUUGCACAUGUUCCGCCCCUGAUCAGGAUUGUGACGUAGUGGACUAUCAGGAUCAGGAAAUCACACCGUUCUGUGACGGACGAGUCACGUGUGUCAUUAGAACCACGGGGAAACUGUUGCCUCCUUGUCAGGCAACUAGCAAUUUUGUUCACGUGGAAUAUGAAUGUAUUUAUCCUUGGUCUUCUUUUAACAUAUGCAAUGACAUCAAAACUGUUGUUCGAGAACCGGAAGUUUACGUCAUGUCUCCCAGCUUCUUCCGGACAGCAUCUCCGCCAUCUAAAACAUGCGAGUGCAUCUUAAAAGGCCGCUAUGAUAACCGCAUCAUGGCUCAAUACGUCCAUACAGACAUACAUGAGGCGGCAAACCAUUCCUGUCCAAAGAGUUUUGUCUUGUUUGAAAGCAAGCUGAGCCCUAAUCAGACUGACUUAGAGAAAAAGACCGAGGUGUGCGGGAGACGCUCUCUCAAUAACUACCUGUACAGGGGCGAUCUCAGAAUCACCUUCAGGGGCGAUGAUUCCGGAAAAAGAAGCGGAUUUGUUUCGAAAUUACUUGUUCCAAUUGGUGGCAUGGGCGUACAAGUAGAAAUAGCCAUGGAAUGUGGACCCGUAAGACUGGCAGGGGAGCCAACUCCAGCCCCCAACAGUGUAAACAACUUAGGAGGAUUGCCAUUCCCGGGGGCGUUUGGUCCAUAUUCCCCAUUAGGGACGUUGAAUUCCCCAUAUCAACAGUCUCCGAGAAUCCCCGCUCCUCCUGUCUUCGAAGGAGCCCAGACUAUGCAGACUACCAAUUGGGGAGCACAGUUUCCAAAUAUGAAUCGGGGUCCCCAGAACUGGGUAGGUCCCAGGAAUUGGGGUCCGCCCCAGUUUCAGAUGCCGAAUUUUUUUGUCGGUCCACAAACAGCCACUACCACUGGUGGGCCUCCCCCGGCUUGGGCCAGAAACGAAAAACCACCAACGUCUAGCAACAGUAGACCGCCGCUAAUGACAGCGACCAGGAAGCUUCAUCUGCAGCCGAAAAGGUCAAGGAUACAGAGCAAGGACGUCGUCAUAGAAACACACAACGGGGUGGAUGCUUCAGGACGAAUGGCCGGGUAUAUCAUCGGCGGAAUAGGAGCUGUGCUGACCGCUUUCUGUGCUCUGUUCAUCUCUCUCUACUGUACAAGGAGAAGACGGAGGGUUAUAGAGAGAAAAUCUUCAGAAAGGAUAGAAGCUGGAAUGGAGGACUCCAUGUCUAGUAUCGACGAUACCCCUGUCUACACUCUAUCGUCUGCAGAAGAUCACGUGCACCCCUCGGAGCGUGUCAUUACUAGCGGUCACGUGAAUAAAGCGUUUGACGGACAAGACGCAGCUUCCGGUGAUAGGGUCAGUGUUAGAUCGGGAUCUUUUGAGAAUUUAAGUCUGGCUGAUGACGACAAUUACUUGUCGCUAGAGGAGAUACAAGAAGGAAAAAGAAGGCGGCGAGAGGAGGAGGAGGAGGAGGAGGAGGCGCCUCCUACGUUGGAGUUGAGGGUCGACUCUAAGUAUUGUCAAAGUCGAGAGAUAGCGAGACAGGAUCAUCACGGGGAAGAAUCUGUCUACGACAACAAUAUCUAACUCCAAGAAAAUCCGCAUAUUACAACUUGUAUACUAUUUUUUGAAUAAAAUUAUCUCACAGAACCA